GAACGGGUCACAGUAGUGUAGUGAAAAUUUGAUAGAUGAGGAGGCAAACUAGAUAAACUGCUUUUCUGAAGAGCUGACAUGUUGACAUACAGAAAACAUUGGGUGUGUGUGUUGCUCCUUAGGUUGAUCACACCCAAAGGAACAAGUUUUGUUUCCAAAUUCACACAUUUUUCAAACAAAAACGACAUUCCAGCUUCUUAAGUGUAAUGAUUAGCUGCUUUUCUUUGUCACUUACGAUGGUAAAUGAGGAGUCUUUGGGUUUACAGCAGCUGAUUGGAUAAAAAGAAGCAAUUGAAAGAUUUCACUUUGGGCUUUGGUACAUUUUGAUGAGUAUCUAAAGAAAGUUGGGGGACAUUUUAUAGAUGAACUGGUCAAUUAUGAAACAUAAUUCAUAGUUGCUGUCAUAAUGCAAAGAGCUGAAUUACAUGAUUGCUUUGAAGCUUCCCCCCUCAUGCACUCUUUUUGUUUUACUCCCUACAAUAAUCCUACUUUUUUCAUUGGCACUUGUCAUGCAGGUUGAGCGAUGAUGAGAAAUGUGCGACACACAUUGAAAGUCAGAGUAGCAUGGAGUAUGUGUAGAGGUCAAGUAAACACAAACCAGAAUGAUGACAUUUCAGGCAUUGUGAUACAAUCACAGAUUAAAAGCUCUGCAAAACAGAUCGGUUGGGCAGUCUUUAUUAGUAGACGGAUGAGAGACGAGACCAUACUUCUAUUUGAGCCAUGAGAGCAAAGUUGGAGGUCUUAGCCCUGGUCCUGGGCUUCAUCGGCUUGUUUGGGACCAUAGCUAUCACUGCGAUGCCCAUGUGGAGGGUCACUGCCUUCAUUGGCGCCAAUAUCAUUGUCAUGGAAGUACUCUGGGAGGGCUUGUGGAUGGACUGCUACAGCCAGGCUGACAUCAAGAUGCAGUGCAAAGUGUAUGACUCACUUCUUAUUCUCCCACCAGAGCUGCAGGCGGCCAGGGCGCUCAUGUGUGUCUCCAUAGUCCUGGUUGUCAUCGCCUUGUGCAUCGCAGGAUGUGGGACAAAGAAGAGCAAAUGCUGCGACAACAAUAUAAGAAGCAAGAACAUCACCCUGGCCUUGGGGGCUAGUUUGUAUCUGCUUUCCUUUGUGACCACGCUCAUCCCUGUCAGCUGGGUGGGCCACACUGUCAUCAGCAACUUUUACAACCCAGCAGUGGUGGAUUCUCAGAAACGGGAGCUGGGGCAGGCCCUCUUCAUUGGCUGGGUUACUUCUGGUAUUCUGCUAAUCACCGGCAUCAUCCUCCUGUUCAGCUUCAGCAAACGCAGAUCAGAGGAGGAAGAACCCUACGCUGACGCCUACCUUAUGGGAUCAAGGGACAUAAAGAAAGAGAGGAGCGUGCAGCUGGAGAGGACACCUUCCAGCUCUCAUAGGCAUCAAGAGUAUGUGUAAAGAACUGUGCUGCCCUCGAUUAAUGUGUAUUCCCUCUAUACGUGACUCAUUUGAAAGAUGCUGUGACAUGUGACAAGAUGAAGUCUAGAGUGUGCAAAGUUUGUAUGAAAGCGUUUGUUCUCACUACCUACUGUACAAAUCUGAAUCACCCUUACUGUUUAAAUGACUAAUGCACUGUGUUAAUUUUGCAUGAUAAAAGCUUCUCAUCUCCAUUGUUUGUACCGUCUAUUCAAGUUCUUCACAGCUGCACUAAAAUAUUUGUACAUAUUCAUACCUUGAUAUGCUAAUUUGCUGUUAAUGUGAUUGUUUUUACCUGCUCAGGUGUUCUUAAUCCACAUCAACCUGGUCACAGAGAGGUUUCAAAUAAAAGGUUUGAUUCCAUGUUUGCUUGUGUC